CUUCGAUGCCGUGCAAAUAUCUCGUUGUCAAACGUCAAAGUGAUAAUUUAUUCUUUGCUCAUUUUUCAACAGUGAAAAGUAAAUUAAAAUCGGCUUAUCAUCGCUUUCCGAGUUGAUAACACGUUUUACUACCAACUGAUUAGCAUUUGGAGUUUGUUCGGAUAGACGGAAAAGAUGGCUUCAACCGUUGGUCAGGUGAUCAAGUGCAAGGCGGCCGUUGCCUGGGAGGCAAAGAAACCGCUCGUAAUUGAAACGAUCGAGGUUGCACCUCCCAAGGCAGGCGAGGUUCGCAUUAAAGUGGCAGCAUCGGGCGUGUGCCACACGGAUGCGUACACGCUGGGUGGGUUAGACUCGGAAGGAAUCUUUCCCGUGGUUCUUGGACACGAAGGUGCUGGUACGGUGGAAAGUGUGGGCGAAGGUGUGACUAAAUUUCAGCCUGGUGACCAUGUCAUUCCAUUGUAUAUUCCGCAAUGCUUCGAUUGUCGGUUCUGCAAGAGCCCGAAAACAAACCUCUGUCCGAAGGUUCGCGCUACCCAGGGCAAGGGUGUGAUGCCUGAUGGUACGACACGGUUUACGUGCAACGGGAAGUCAAUCUACCAUUUUAUGGGAACGUCAACGUUCUCCGAGUAUACCGUGGUGGCGGAAGUAUCGCUGGCAAAAAUCGACUCUAGCGCUGCGUUGGAGAAAGUGUGUUUGCUUGGUUGCGGCAUUCCGACCGGUUAUGGAGCCGCAUUGAACACGGCCAAUGUGGAGCCGGGCAGCUCCUGUGCUGUGUGGGGUCUUGGUGCAGUUGGUCUGGCGGUCGUUAUGGGCUGUAAGGCGGCUGGUGCGACCCGAAUCAUUGGAGUCGACAUUAAUCCGGGCAAAUUUGAGAUUGCGAAACAGUUCGGCUGCACCGAGUUCGUCAAUCCGAAUGACUUCGAAGAGCCCAUUCAACAGGUGUUGAUCGCGAAAACCGAUGGCGGAUUAGACUAUACGUUUGAGUGUGUUGGCAACGUGAAUACGAUGCGUGCCGCACUGGAAUCAUGUACUCGUGGCUGGGGCGUAUCGGUGAUCGUUGGUGUUGCAGAGGCCGGUAAAGAAAUUGCUACACGCCCAUUCCAGCUGGUCACCGGGCGUACCUGGAAAGGAACGGCUUUCGGUGGAUGGAAAAGUGUUGAGAGUGUACCGAAGCUGGUAGAUCAGUACCUGCAGAAGCAGCUGAAGGUGGACGAAUUCAUCACACACACCAUGGGGUUAGACAAGAUCAACGAAGCAUUUACGCUGAUGCAUGAAGGCAAAAGCAUUCGUUCGGUGGUGAACAUGUAACAUAGCCAUUUUUUGUUUUUGACUAACCACGUCGAGAGCUCAGGGAACAACAUGGCCCAGCCAAAUAUUAUCACAAUCGAAUUUUAUAAAACUUUUUGCACCCGAUGCACAAUGAAAUAAAUGUUGUUGGUUUGUAA